GUGUGCCAUCUUAGAUAAAUGCUCUUUUGAGCUUAUAUUGCAUGUCAUAGAGGAGACAGGACGUGACUUACGCUUGGUACGAAAUGAGAUCUUACAGUUUGAAACCUCACACAUACAGACGAUAUCGGCGGACAAGGACAAUGAUUGGCUCAAACGUUUACAGGAUCAAGUGUCACAAUAUAAAUCCGAGAUACUUGCCUUUAAGAGAUCCAAAUUUAUGCGGGUGACACAGGACUACAAGGAUAAUACAGUCUACCGGUGGCGUCAUGGAGGAAGGCAGGGCACGUACAGGCGGAGAUUUCCAACACGCAAGGCACGCAAACCCCCUGGUUACGUCUCAAGCAGCGGUGAUUCGGAGGAGGACGCUGACGCGUCCACACAGGCUGCCGGGGAUGCUUUUUUAUCCAUGGAAACACCGGCGAACACGGCGCUAGAAAAAGGCAUCGCCGUGGAGGACGCAAACACGGCCAGAGGAAAGGGUCGGGGCAGACCUCCGCGCUAUGGCGGCCGGGGGACCAGGAACAGGCAAUUAUAAAUUUAUCAAGCCAUCAACUGACGGAUAUGGAGACGACUGUACUGGCAAAAGGUUUGACUUUUGUUCCUUCCACACGUACACAUGAUUUUAAUAUGGCUGUAGAUAAUUAUAGAUUCACUCGCUCCCUGCGCCUGAGAGAACACUAUGGCUGUAGUCCAAAUGGGCGGGCUCAGGACAGUAUACCCUCUGGUUAUAAGUUGCGCAAUAACUUUGAUCCCAUCACUCAGAAUACCUCUCUUAAGACCUUUGCAAGGAUGGUUAAUGGGGCAAUUAGGGAUACACCUGCCAAGAUACACAAUAGGGGAAAUCUGAACAAGAAGGAGCGGGAGGCCCUCGAGCAGUUAAAGAACAAUCCCUCGAUUAUUAUUAAACCAGCGGACAAGGGUGGAGCCGUAGUGAUACUGGACUAUGCAUAUUAUAAAUCUGAGAUUUGUUCCCAACUAACUGAUGAUUCCUGUUACCAAAAAUUGACUUUUGACCCCACUUUAAAAUUUCAGGGGCAACUGGGCAAAAUGUUGGAUGAAGCCGUCAUACAAGGCUGGAUUACGGAAGAACUGAGAAAUUUUCUGUACGUCAAGGACCCGGUAAGACCUGUAUUAUACACCUUACCUAAGGUACAUAAAAAUUUGCUGUAUCCACCAGGUAGGCCAAUCAUAUCUGCUAGGGGGUCCUUAACUGAACAAGUGGCCAAAUUUGUGGACUCAUUACUACAACCGUUGAUACGAACAACAAGUACUUAUUUGCAGGAUACUAAUGACUUUUUGAAGAUCAUUAAUAGUAUAGAUCCCACCUGGGGUGAUAAUGGCUUUUUCUUUGUGACCAUGGACGUUAAUAGUCUCUAUACUAUAAUACCACAUGAGGAAGGUCUCAAUGCGGUCAGGGAGCUAAUGGUGAAUGCCGCUGAGUAUGAUGGCCCGCCCACGGAAUUUACUCUGUCACUACUGCACUUCAUCCUACAUAAGAAUUAUUUCAAAUUUGAGAAGGACUAUUUCCUACAAACGUCUGGGACAGCAAUGGGGUCCAAUGUGGCCCCUACAUAUGCGAAUGCUUUUAUGCAUGCUUAUGAGAAGCGACACAUUUUAUGCAACCCCUUGUUUCGCAGGUUUGGGGGAUACUACAGACGUUAUAUAGACGAUCUGUUUUUCUUAUGGUUUGGAUCGGAAAAGGAUUUGCUGGAAUUUUUUGGGGAGCUUAAUUCACAUAACAGCACUGUACGCUUUACCCUGCAUUAUGAUUUUGAGAAAAUCGAUUUCCUAGAUGUGACUGUAUAUAAACAAAGUGGCCAAUUACACACUAAAAUAUUUAGGAAACCUACGGAUAGAAAUACACUGUUGCAUUUCAACAGCAGUCACCCCAAACAUCUCCUAAAAUCCCUCCCGAAGUCACAGAUGUUGCGGGCUGUAAGGAUCACCAGUGAGGAGCAGGAGAGACAACAAGCCAUUCAGGAUAUGGCAAGUGACUUUUUGGCAAGGGGCUAUCCCGCAGCCCUGAUAGAAGAAACAAAAUCAUGGGCACUAACAUUGGAUAGAGCCUCAGUGUUAAGUAAUAUAGGAGAGUCCAGGAAGAGUUUGGAGGGUGGGAAGAAUAAAUUGUUUUAUACGACAACUUAUGGUCCACAUACACCUCUAAUUAAGCAAUCUGUUUUGCAGAACUGGCCAAUUGUUGCAACGGAUCCAGAUUUGGGCAAGCUGCAUUUAAAUGUAUGCCGAUAGACUCUAUUCAAACGCCCCCACGAGGAGGAGAUGUUGACCGUUUAUUGCUGCAACGUGAGGCCUUUUGGACCUAUGAACUUGACAGUGUGGCACCCAGGGGAUUGAAUACCUA